CCCCCCCCUCCUCUCUCUCUCUCUCUCUCGUCUCUCCCCUCUGUGUGAAGUGGUUGUUUUAUUUGAGAACAAGGCAAGAUGUUAGGCUCCACGCCGAUACUGCCCCUUCCGGCUCCACCGAUUGAUGGGAAUCUUGGUCCUCUCCCUCCAUCUGAAUUGCAAGAUAGGGAGAUUCUUGAUGAUAUUGAGGAGGAAGCAAGGCAGGCUAGCUCGGCUUCUGUAUCUGUUGCCACUCACACAAAAACUAUUGGACUUAUUCAUCCACCUCCGGAUAUUCGAACCAUUGUUGAGAAAACAGCUAGGUCUGUGGCUAAGGUUGGGAAAGAAUUCGAACAUAGGAUUAUGAAAAAUUAUCCCAACAAUCCAAAAUUCAAUUUCUUAAAAUCUUCAGACCCGUAUCAUGCCUAUUAUCAGCAUCGUUUAUCUGAAUUUCGUAGUCAGAAUUCUACCUCGCAGCAGCCAAUUCAAGCUUCAGAUGCAUCUGGUCUUGAGUCAGCAAAGCCUGAUCCCUCGGAACCGUUUCGUAAACCCCUUGAACCCCCAGCAGCAGAGCAGUACACUGUUGGUCUUCCUGAAGGAAUUACUGGGGAGGAGUUGGAUAUGAUUAAGCUCACAGCACAGUUUGUAGCGCGGAAUGGGAAAUCAUUUCAUGAAGAACUCUCAAGGAGGGAGGGGAAUAACCCCCAGUUCAACUUCAUGAAGCCCAAACAUAGCAUCCUGUUUAAGUUUUUUACUUCUCUAGUAGAUGCCUAUUCAAAAGUGUUAAUGCCUCCGAAGGGUUUGACUGAUAAACUGCAGAGCAGUGUUGACAGCAUGACGACCAUCCUUGAACGUUGCCUUCACAGGUUGGAGUGGGAGCGUUCUCAAGAGCAGGCAAGGCAAAAUUAUAUCAUGGAUGAGGUGCGGCAAGAAAGGAAACAGAUGGCUAGGAAGCCUAGGAUUAUUGAUUGGCAUAAUUUCGUUGUUGUCGAGAGGAUAGACUUUGCCAAUAACGAGGAUGAUGAUUUACCAGCUCCGAUGACACUUGAGGAAGUCACAAGGAGAAGCAAGAUGUCGACUUUGGAGGAGGAAGGAUUAAUUGCUGAGCCUGGAAAGGAAGUAGAAAUGGAGAUGGAUGAAGAAGAGGUUCAGCUUUUCGAACAAGGCAUGAGGGUUGCUAGUCUUGAAGAAAAUGGCUGCGGUAAGCAAAGUGAAGCCACAAUAACCCCAAUGAGAAUUGUGAAGAACUGGAAGAGGCCUGAGGAGAGAAAUCCUGCUGAGAGAGAUUCAACUAAAUACGUUGUUUCCCCAAUCACUGGUGAGCUAAUUCUGAUCAAUGAGAUGUCUGAACACAUGAGAAUCUCUCUCAUUGAUCCCAAGUACAAGGAGCAGAAAGAGAGAAUGUUUGCUAAGAUUCGGGAUAGUACCACUCUUGCCCAGGAUGAUGACAUAUCCAAAAACAUUAUGGGACUUGCACGGACCCGUCCUGAUCUAUUUGGUACGACCGAGGAGGAGGUUUCUAACGCAGUCAAGGCAGAGAUUGAAAAGAAAAAAUAUGAGCAACCAAAGCAGGUCAUAUGGGAUGGUCAUACAGGGAGUAUUGGACGUACUCUCAUGUAUACACCUCUAACAGCUCCUCGACCUUAUGCACCCCAUGUCAUGCCCCAGCAUGGGAUGCAUAUGGUUCACCCACCUAUGCCUCUUGGAAUUCCCCCACCGCCUCCACCCGAGGAAGCUCCUCCACUUCCGGAGGAGCCUGAGCCAAAGAGGCAAAGACUCGGUGAUUCUAUGCUCAUUCCUGAAGAUCAGUUCCUGGCUCAACACCAGGGACCGGCAAGUAUUCAUGUGUCUGUGCCAAAUGUUGAUGAAGGAAACCUGAAAGGGCAGGUACUGGAGAUUAGAGUACAAUCUUUAUCUGAGACGGUUAGCCGUUUGAAAGAGGAAAUUGCGGGAGAGAUUCAGCUUCCUUCAAACAAACAGAAACUGAGUGGAAAGGCUGGUUUUCUUAAGGAUCAUCUUUCCCUUGCUUAUUACAAUGUCUCAGGAGGAGAAACACUUUCCCUUUCGUUGAGAGAGCGUGGUGGAGGAAUAUGUGGCUGGAGACGAAGUCGAGAAGCUGUUGCUGAGAUUGUGGCAUUUUAUUACUCUAUUAUCUUGAAUUCUUAUUUUGGAAGUACAAAUAUUCUAGCUACAUAUAUUGUCAAGAACAGGUCUAUGAAAACCCUUGUGAUGAACCUAGAGGCUCCACGUCCAACACGCGCAGCCUUUUGCAGAAGGGCAACUGGUUGUUCUCAAGAGCAGGCAAGGCAAAAAAAUAUCAUGGAUGAGGUGCGGAAAGAAAGGAAACAGAGGGCUAGGAUUAUUGAUUGGCAUGAUUUUGUUGUUGUCGAGAUGAUAGACUUUGCGAAUAACGAGGAUGAUGAUUUACCAGCUCCAAUGGCACUUGAGGAAGUCAUAAGGAGAAGCAAGAUGUUAACUUUGGAGGAGGAAGAAAUUGUUGAGCCUGGAAAGGAAGUAGGAAUGGAGAUGGAUGAAGAAGAGGUUCAGCUUUUCGAACAAGGCAUGAGGGUUGCUAGUCUUGAAGAAAAUGGUGGCGGUAAGCAAAGUGAAGCCACAAUAACCCCAAUGAGAAUUGUGAAGAACUGGAAGAGGCCUGAGGAGAGAAAUCCUGCUGAGAGAGAUCCAACUAAAUACGUUGUUUCCCCAAUCACUGGUGAGCUAAUUCUGAUCAAUGAGAUGUCUGAACACAUGAGAAUCUCUCUCAUUGAUCCCAAGUACAAGGAGCAGAAAGAGAGAAUGUUUGCUAAGAUUCGGGAUACCCCUCUUGCCCAGAAUGAUGACAUAUCCAAAAACAUUAUGGGACUUGCACGGACCCGUCCUGAUCUAUUUGGUACGACUGAGGAGGAGGUUUCUAACGCAGUCAAGGCAGAGAUUGAAAAGAAAAAAUAUGAGCAACCAAAGCAGGUCAUAUGGGAUGGUCAUACAGGGAGUAUUGGACGUACUCCCAUGUAUACACCUCUAACAGCUCCUCGACCUUAUGCACCCCAUGUCAUGCCCCAGCAUGGGAUGCAUAUGGUUCACCCACCUAUGCCUCUUGGAAUUCCCCCACCGCCUCCACCCGAGGAAGCUCCUCCACUUCCGGAGGAGCCUGAGCCAAAGAGGCAAAGACUCGGUGAUUCUAUGCUCAUUCCUGAAGAUCAGUUCCUGGCUCAACACCAGGGACCGGCAAGUAUUCAUGUGUCUGUGCCAAAUGUUGAUGAAGGAAACCUGAAAGGGCAGGUACUGAAGAUUAGAGUAGAAUCUUUAUCUGAGACGGUUAGCCGUUUGAAAGAGAAAAUUGCGGGAGAGAUUCAGCUUCCUUCAAACAAACAGAAACUGAGUGGAAAGGCUGGCUUUCUUAAGGAUCAUCUUUCCCUUGCUUAUUACAAUGUCUCAGGAGGAGAAACACUUUCCCUUUCGUUGAGAGAGCGUGGUGGUAGAAAAAGAUAAGAUUUUUGUUAGCAGAUCUUUUGAAUUUUGACUAUGAAAAUUACAUAAGCAUUCGUCGUGAGAGGUUGGGAAUUGUUAGAUCAGAUUUACAUUUGCUCAUUAAUGUCUGCAACCUAUUGGAUAUUAACAUUUUGUUUUGUAUAACUCCUUCGGAAUUUCUCAGAUAAGAUUUCUGAGAAAUUCUAACAUCAAUAUAUUCUUAUUUGCAA